AUGUCCAUCAUUCCGACCCGCUCCCGCCCCCGCCCCCGCUCCCAGAGCGAUGCCGACGAGCUUGCCAAGAUGAGCGACAUUGACAUUAUUCGCAUGAUUGAGGGCAGCGACCUCCGUGAGUACACGACAACAAUGGUCGGCAAGCACGCACUUGAUCAGCUUCGGCGCCGGGUCGACACUGACUACUACUCGGCUGCAGACUUCCACGACUCGCUCGACCUCGCGAGCUCAUCCAUGGCCGGCGCCCAUGUCGGCUCGCGUCACCCGCAGCUCCUUGUUCCGCUCUACAUUGAGGGCUACUUUGUUGGCUGCUUUGUGUACAAGAUCAACACGGAUUGGGACUGCUUCUCAACGCCACCCCUUGUCGCCACCACGUUCCUCGACGCCGGACAGGCGGCUCGCAACCACCGGACCGCACUCGAGCUCGGCCUCAGUCGCUACAAUACCAAGACCUGCGAGUGCAGCAUCUGCAUUGAGGCCUGUGACGGCUACUACAUACGCAAGACGGUGGCGUUCACUGAGGACAAUGCCCCGCGGAGAGGUCAGCAAGUAGGACGGUCCGGAGGCCAUGGUCACGGUCUCGCCUCGGCAUCGACAAGCAAGCUAGCCAGCGUCUCGGACUUUGGCCCUGCUCGGUCUGGUCCGCCUUUGACAACGGCUUCAGCUUCAGUCUCGGGCCAUCUUGACGCCUCAUCAUCCGCUCAAGCUAACAAGCCCGGUGAUGAGGCCGAGAGCGCCGCGCCGGGCAACGGCUCGCCUUCGAUGGGCAGGCGCUUCCUCUCGGCAGCAAAGUCGACGCUGCAGGCCGGACGCGAGCAGUUUCGGUUCUUUGAAAAGACCGAGGACGGCAACUACAAGUUCAUGCGUCCGCGGUGCGAGGCGCCGGGCGUGGGGCUGGAGAUACUCAUCUACUUUGCCUUUCUCGCCACCUUUACCCUUGUCGUUCUCUACAUGCGCGAUCCGCUCUUCGCCUUUCAGCACAACGACCUCAUGAAGGACUUGUUCCUCGCCGAAGAGGUCCCGGGCAUCAAGACGCUCAAGAACUUCUUCUCCAUCGUCACCUUUGACGAGUUCUGGGAGUACAUGGAAGGCCCGUUUGUCGCCGGCUUACUCGCAGACCAAGGCGCGGGGCCAGGCGUCAUGUACGGGACCAAUUACCUCGUCGGCGGCGCACGUGUCCGCCAGAUCCGCGUCCGCUCCGGCUUGUGCACCGUGCCCAAGGCCUUUCAGUCGUACAUCUCGUCGUGCCACGGCCGGUACGCCAUCGGCGAAGAGUCGCGCGUGAGCUACGGGCCGGGCAACGUGUGGAGCUACACCUCUGGAGAGGAGCUCGACACCAACCCACAGCUCGCCCGCUGGCGCCGGUAUGACGGCGGCGGCUUUGUCCACCACAUCGGCGUCACCUCGGUCGCCAACGAGACGGCCCGACUUCAGUUCCUCAAGAACAACGGCUGGCUCGACGCCCAGACCCGCGCCGUCUUUGUCGACUUUUCCACCUACAACCCGAACAUCAACCUCUUCUGUGUCGUUCAGCUUCAGUUUGAGUUCCUUCCCUCGGGCGGCAUCUACCCCGACUACAAGUUCCGCGUCCUCCGCCUCUACCCCAUCCGCGGCGAGGCCGGCAAGUGGUUCCUCGCCGGCGAGAUCAUGCUCGUCGUCUUUGUCUGCUUCUUUGUUGGCGAGGAGUUUGCCGAGAUCUUCCACGACGUCGUCCGCCACCGCAAGUGGCUUCGCUCGCAAAACCGCGUCGCCGACGCCGAGGGCCCGCUCACCCGCGCCGACCGUGUCCGGGCCUUCAAGCACUCGUGGACAAAGUACUGGCGCGACGGCUGGAACUACUUUGACAUCCUCAACGUCGUCCUAUUCCUCGCCGUCGUCGGCAUCCGCAUCAAGGCCAUCCGCCAGUUUGACGCUCUCAACAUCCAGCCUGCCGCGCGCGACUCGUUCUACAACUUUCAGGAGAUCGUCUUCUGGGAUGCCACAGAGAAGAACAUCCUCGCCUGCAACGCCUUUAUGCUCUGGUUCAAGAUCUUCAAGUACACCUCGUUUGAGCCCAAGAUGUCCAUGAUCGCCCGCGUCUGCGUCCGCGCCUUCCGGCCCAUGUUCUUCUUUGUCCUCAUGUUCUUCUUUGUCAUGUUUGGCUUUGCCCAGGCCGGCUCGCUCGCCUUUGGCUCGGACGUCGAGGGCUUCGACACCCUCGGCCUCACCAUCUACACCAUGCUCCUUGCCACUCUUGGCCAGUUCGACUUUGACGCCCUUCGCCACUCGAACCGUGUCUUUGGGCCCAUCUUCUUCUUCACCUUUGUCAUCCUCGUCUUCUUUGUCAUUCUCGCUAUGUUCCUCGCCAUUGUCGACAACGCGUACAACGACGUCGCCCGAGACCUCGCUCGCGCCAAGGAGCCCACCUUUAUCCAAAAGACCAUGGCAUGGGCAUCCACCACAGGCCUCGGCCGCAAGCUCGUCAAGACGCUCAAUCUCCAGAAGAAGGCCGCCUCGCUCCAGCGCUCCAUCCGCCGCGCAGAUGUCAACCAAGACGGCCUCCUCGACCGCGAGGAGCUGCUCGAGGUUAUGGCCGAGUCACGCGGCUACUUUGACGGCGACGUCGACGAGGUCAUGGCAACAUACGACCUUGACAACGACAACCAGCUCUCCACCGCCGAGCGCGCCGCCAUGGCCUCGGACCUCGUCCGCAAGCAGCACACCGUCGCCCAGAAGAUCAUCACUCUCCGCGACAUCGGCGACUACGAGUUCAACACCCUCUUCGACCUCAUCUCAGACCGCGUCGACAAGACCGAGCGCAAGCUGGCCGCCGAUAUUGAGCGCGUCCUCGGCAUGCUCGACCCGUUCAAGGCCCGCGAUCUCAAGGCCCGCCGCAUGUCGCGCGCCGCCAUGGCCACCUCGGCGCCCAUCCCGCGCAUGCGCUUUGACUCGGACGACAACCUCUCUUCGCCGCACCCGGCCCCCUCCCCCGUCCCGCCCUUUUCCUCCUCGUCCUCCACCUAG